AUAAUUAUUAUUUAUUUAUUUUUAUUAUUUUUAACCGGUGGAGGCGGCGUGAUCACGAAGAAUGAGACUGAGACAAGCUGCCAGGGCUUGGAGGAGGAUAAAGCUGAGUUUAGGUUGGAAACUAAAAGACUAGAUUGUUUUUUGGUACAACUUGCCCGGUUCCUCUCCACUUCCUUCAGUUUCGCUCCAUGGACAGAUCAACAAACCUGGACAUUGAGGAGCUCAAGAUGACACGAGAACAAUAUAUACUAGCAACACAACAGAAUAACCUGCCAAGGGCUGAGAAUGCACAGCUUUACCCUGUGGGAAUUUAUGGAUGGCGAAAGAGGUGCUUAUACUUCUUUGUCCUUCUGCUGUUGGUUACCAUGAUUGUUAACUUAGCCAUGACAAUAUGGAUAUUGAAAGUUAUGAAUUUCACUGUGGAUGGUAUGGGAAAUCUGAGAGUCACCAAGAAGGGAAUCCGACUUGAAGGUAUAUCUGAGUUUCUACUUCCAUUGUAUGUGAAAGAAAUUCAUUCUCGAAAGGAUAGUCCACUGGUCUUACAGUCUGACAGAAAUGUAACAGUGAAUGCAAGAAAUCACAUGGGGCAGUUAACUGGACAGCUGACAGUAGGAGCUGAUGCUGUGGAAGCUCAGUGUAAAAGAUUUGAAGUGAGAGCGAGUGAAGAUGGCAGGGUCCUGUUUUCUGCAGAUGAAGAUGAGAUAACCAUUGGUGCUGAAAAGCUGAAAGUUACAGGCACUGAAGGAGCAGUAUUUGGACAUUCUGUUGAGACACCACACAUCAGAGCAGAACCUUCUCAAGACCUCAGACUCGAGUCACCAACCAGGUCCUUGAUAAUGGAAGCUCCUCGAGGGGUUCAGGUGAGUGCUGCUGCAGGAGACUUCAAGGCCAGCUGUAGGAAGGAGCUCCAUUUGCAGUCCACAGAGGGGGAGAUAUUUUUGAAUGCAGAAACAAUCCGGCUGGGAAAUCUACCGACUGGCUCUUUUUCAUCUUCAUCUAGCUCCUCAAAUCCUCGACAGACAGUGUAUGAACUGUGUGUCUGCCCCAAUGGCAAACUUUACCUUUCUCCAGCAGGAGUAGGUUCCACUUGUCAGUCCAGUAGCAACAUCUGCUUGUGGAGCUGAAGUGACUGAUUUCUCCUCACACCAGAAUAGCCUUUUGUUCCUGUCCGUCUGCUUCACAGUUCUGCUCGGUUUCCCUUGUGAUCAGUUCAGAGCUUCUUCAAAUGGUCCACAGAGCAACUUCUUCCAGUGUAAGCAGGGAUUCAGUGCCACUUCUCUUGAGACAUACUGUACCACUCAACAUAAAGCGUGUGAGUGACAGAGCAGUGGACAAAUCAUCUUCAGCAGGAAAACUGGAUCAUAACUUUUGCUCAAAAGGGAGAAUAACAUAGGUGCCUUUGCUACAUGAAGUGAAGCACACAGUUUUAGAUUUUUGCAGGACCUGGAUAUGAACUGCACAUAGAUACAUUACUUAGAUGAAUUUCCCGGUAUCCAAUGGCAAGAUGAAAUGGUUAACCCUGUAAGAAAACUAAUUCUACAGUUUGAAAGCACAAUUUUCCAUUCAUCUUUUUGGAUGUAAACUUUUAUCCCUAAAUUUUAAAUUUUUGAAGCAUUAUGUAAUGCUUGCUUUACUAAAAAUUCAAUUCAAUACCUGGUUUUUAACAAAACAAAACAAUACAGAAUCCCACCCUGA